GUAGCACUGGGCUUCGGGGGAGCGAGGCCGCCCUGAUUAGGGCCUCAGCUGUGGGUUUGGGGCACCGGCUUCCACGGAGGGUGGAUGCGUUGGUUCCGCCUUCGCCGUGGUACUGAGGAAAGGUUUCCGAUCAGCUCUGACUGUUUUGAAUCUUGGCGCUGGAGCAAUAAGCAGUUUAGCUGUUGGUUAGCUGAGCAGAAACUAUGUGAAGCAAAACUCUGAAUUCUGAAAGACACCGUUUCACCAUGGGACAACAAAUUUCGGAUCAGACGCAGCUGGUUAUUAACAAGUUACCAGAAAAAGUAGCAAAACACGUCACCUUGGUUCGAGAAAGUGGUUCUUUAACUUAUGAAGAAUUUCUUGGGAGAGUAGCUGAACUCAAUGAUGUAACUGCUAAGGUAGCUGCUGGCCAGGAAAAACAUCUUCUCUUUGAGGUACAACCUGGGUCUGAUUCAUCUGCCUUUUGGAAAGUGGUUGUACGGGUGGUCUGUACCAAGAUUAACAAAAGCAGUGGUAUUGUGGAAGCAUCACGGAUCAUGAAUUUAUACCAGUUUAUUCAGCUUUAUAAAGACAUCACAAGUCAAGCUGCUGGAGUGUUGGCUCAGAACUCCACCUCUGAAGAGCCAGAUGGGAACCCGUCCUCUAUAACGUCAUGUCAGGCUAGUCUGUGGAUGGGCAGGGUGAAGCAGCUGACUGAUGAGGAGGAGUGUUGUAUCUGCAUGGAUGGCCGAGCUGACCUCAUCCUGCCCUGUGCUCACAGUUUCUGUCAGAAGUGUAUUGAUAAAUGGAGUGAUCGGCACAGGAACUGCCCCAUUUGUCGCCUACAGAUGACUGGAGCGAAUGAAUCAUGGGUGGUGUCAGAUGCACCCACUGAAGAUGACAUGGCUAACUAUAUUCUUAAUAUGGCCGAUGAGGCAGGCCAGCCUCACAGGCCAUGACUAGGGGAAGACUUGUUAUUGUGAACUACAGAUACACUGUGGUCAUAGAGGAAGAGUAGAGGGAUGUGUGGCACACACAGGAACAUCAGUUUUCCCACCCUCUUAUUUUUGCUACUCUGAUAAUAUAUCCCAUUCUUAAAUAAACUCCCAUGUCUUCCAUGUAGGGUGGGCUACACUUUGCUACUGUUUGGCCAUAGUCCUCACAGUCGACCUGUUCUUUGUUGCUCUUGAGCCCUUUGCUACAGAUAGCAGCAAUACUUGAUAUUACUACUUUUCAGGGAGGGGGCAUUUUUAGAUAGGUUUAAAAUUUAGGGUGUUGAAAGUUGUAACCAUCUGAGAUAAAGGACUGAAACUGUCUCAGUGGGAGUUGCUACUGCUGGGACCUGAGGCGAGUGUACUCCGCCCCCUUGUGGUUUAUUCUGGAUCCUCCAAUACUGUGGCCCAUUUGCUUCCUGAUGUUACAAGUAACUUCGGCAGUGGUUUCUAGGACUACUCUUUAUCAUUGCCAUGCUGCUUACUCAGAGAAGGACACAGAAGUUGGGACUUCAUCUUGCAAAUGGACUCUACUGGAAGAAUCUUCAUGGCUGUUCUCCAGACCUGGGGAAGUGUUCACUGGAUUUUUCUUAAUGCCCAUGUAGCUUGGCUUUUCAGAAGGAAAUCUUUCUUUAUCUCAGACACAUAUUUUGUAUUUCCAGGUUACACUGAGUCAUCCAAUACUGAGCUAGAGUGUGUUUAUUUUAGGUAACGGUAACUCUCAGAGGCUUCAGUUUCCUCAGGUCUCUUAGAUUAAAAGAAAAGGAAGAUCAGAUGAAGUUUUUUUACCAUGCAUUUGUAAACCCCUGAAAUCCAGAGAAUGAUUGGCUUUUUUCCCAUUUCUCUGUACUCCUUCAAGUGUGGAGUGGACAAUAUGGUAAUAGGAGUGCAACCCUCAGCCGAUCUUGGCCUUGGCUUAUGGAAUAAGAAUGUUGAUGUUAACGGUUCAGCUAAACUAGUGCAUGAAAUCAAGUCACCUUUAAGAAAUUUUAUCAUUCCAUAGAAAUUUUCUCACUAAUUGUAAAUUUUCCUCUUUUCCUAAGUACAAACAUACACAAUUAAAGUUGCUGCUUAUUGAUUUUUAAUUAAGAUCUUACUGGGCUUGCAAAUAAAAUCCCUUUCAAAGAAAAA